AUGAGACGGAGUUGGAUUUCGUUCUGUGGGCUCUUGACUGUGCUUUGCACGGUGAUGGGAACCUUCAGCCACCAUGCCAGUUUUCGCUGUCACUGUAACGGGAAGUCUCGGUUCUGCGUGACGGACGCCCACGGGCUGCGCUGCGUGCAGUGCCGGGGCAACGCGGACGGGCGGCACUGCGAGCGCUGUAAGGAGGGCUACUACCAGCAGGGGGCGGGGCAGAGCUGCAUGCCCUGCCGCUGCGUCCCCGCAGGCUCUGUUAGUUCUAAAUGUGACAGCAGGGGGCGCUGUAGAUGUAAAGAAGGACUCACUGGAGACAAGUGUGACCGCUGCCUGAACGGAGAACCUGCUGGACUGAGAGGAUGUACUCAGAGACGUCAGGUCAGAGAUGAUGAGCGUCAGUCUUCGUUGUGUUUCUGUUUUGGUCACUCCAGUCGGUGUUCCGCCGCCCGGGGCUUUGCUGCCAACACCAUCACCUCCACCUUCAGCCACGGUCCAGAGGAAUGGCGGCCAGUCACGUCUCAGGGUGGGACGCCGGCUGAUGUUCACUUCCGCUGGUCCCCCAAAUACCAAGACAUCGAGGUCAUCGCUGCAAACAGUCUGCCAAUCUACCUCAAAGCUCCAUCCCAUUAUCUGGGGAACCAGCUGUUGAGUUACGGGCAGAACUUGUCGUUCUCUCUGCGUCUGGACCGGGGCGUCCGCCAUCCAUCCACCAGCGACGUGGUUCUGGAGGGUUCUGGUCUGCGGGUCGCCGCCUCGCUGGGGGAACCGCGCUCCAUCAUCCCCUGUGCACAGAAGAUCACCUACAGCUUCAGGCUGGACGAGCAAACCAGCAGUAAAUGGAAGCCUCAUCUGUCUGCCUUCCAGUUCCAGACACUCCUCCAGAACCUCACUAACAUCAAGAUUCGCGGGACGUUUGGGGGAGAUGGCCGUGGUUACCUGGACAAUGUUCGUCUGGAUUCAGCACACCAGGGAACUGGUGAACCAGCAACCUGGAUCCAGAGCUGCAGCUGCCCACAGGGCUACGAGGGCAACUUCUGUGAGCGGUGUGCCUCAGGGUACAAACGUAGGUCCCCUGGCGAUGGAGCCUUCAGCCCAUGUGAACCAUGCAACUGCAGAGGAGGAAGCUGUGACCCUGACACAGGUGACUGCUUCUCUGCAGACGAGACUCCGGACCAUCAGUCCUGUUCUCCCGGUUUUUACAAGAACCCUGAGUGGCCCCAAUCAUGUGUGAGGUGCCCCUGCCCCAGCGGAGUGUCCUGCUCGCUGGACUCCGGCUCCCUGGAGGUCCGCUGUGACCAGUGUCCUGCUGGAACAACCGGCUCCCGCUGCGAUGUCUGCGCUGAUGGAUUCUACGGUGAUCCUCUGGCUGAGGGCGGUCUGCAGCGACCCUGCCGACCCUGCUCCUGUAACGGCCAUGUUGACCCCAAUGCCUUGGGUAUCUGCGACACCGUCAGUGGGAAGUGUCUGAAGUGUCUCAACGCCACCACAGGGGGGAAGUGUGAGCUCUGCCUGGACGGAUAUUACCACAGCCAGCCAGCUGAGGCCUGCAGACCAUGCGACUGUGACCCCCGAGGCUCCGCAGCCUCCCGCUGCAGCGACAGGGGCCAGUGCCAGUGCCGAGAAGGCUUCGAGGGCCUCAGGUGUCAACGCUCCACCUGUCCUUACUGUUUUAACCCCAUCAAGACCAAGGUGGAGGACCGGGCUGCUAAGCUGAGAGAUCUGGAGAGACAGUUUUCUGACAUGGAUGGUGGAUCCCUGCCGGUCCACAACGUCCAGAUGGAAGCAGCUCUGAGGGCAGCAGAGGAGCUGCUAUCAGACCUGCAGGCCAACGCCGACCGCCACACGGCAUCAGAGCGGGGCCUGCAGCGCCGCCUGUCAGCUGUCAGUCAGAGUCAGCUGACUGAGGGGCGGGACAUCCAGGCCCUGUCCCACACGGUGGACAGCAUCCAGGAACAGCAGCAGAGCUACCAGGAGCAGGCCGCGCACGUCCACACGCUGAUCCAGGACAUGAAACGCAAGCUGGAGGAGGCCAAGUCCAGCAUCCAGUCAGCUGAGUUCCCUCUGGGAGACGCAGGCCUGGGGACGGAUGCGCUGUCCACGCUGGUCCAGAAAGCCAGUGGUCUCGCCGAGCGACACCAGAACAAGGCGGACGUGGUGGAGCGGACCGCCAACGAGGCUCUGCGCGACUCCGACAAGAGCCUGGCCCUGGUCCGAACACUGAUGAACAAGGAGAACAAAGUCAAGGAGCUGUUGGGAGACCUGAGGACCAUGUACGACGACGCCACAGCCCAGGUGAAGAACAUGGAGAACCAGGCGGCUCGGCUGAGCGGUGAGGCCAGAGGCGAGAGCAAGAUGGCGGAGGGAAUGUUGAAACAGAUCACCGCCAUGCAGAGCCAAAUCCCCACUCCCCUCCAGGAGGACAUGGACACGGCGGUGUCCAGGAUGGACAGUCUGAAGGAGCAGCUGGACAAGAAGGUCUCCAGCUACCAGGCGCUCCAGCGGGAUGUGGAGCAGGACCGAGCUGCUGUGGAGAAGCUCCUGGCCCAGGGCAGAGGAGCCCAACAAGAUUACGAGGAGCUGCUGGCCAGAGCCAACGCCGCCCGUGCCGACACGGCCGACGCCCUUCAGGGCAUCACAGACAACAUGGACGGUCUGGACGACGCCCUGGCCACCCUCCGAGGCUUUGAUGGGCAAAUUGACAAAAACCGGGCUUUGGCAGACGCAGCCAUCCAGAAACUUCCUGCCAUCAACGCCACCAUCCAGCAGGCUGUUGGCACCAACUCCCAGACCCUGGCCAUCCUGGGCAGCGUGUCCGAUGACUACAGCGACGCCCUGGGCACCGUCAGCCAGCUGGAGACGGUGGUCUCUGGCCUGGAGGAACUUUCGGGCUCUCUGCCGUCUUCUUCUGGUCUCGUGACGGGCGCCACCGACCUGAAGGAGAGCCUGCAGGGUUUGAGCUCACAGGCGGAAGCGGUGGAAGCGGAGGUGGCUGCAGAGAUGGAGCGUGUCAGGAAGCAGGAAGGAGAUGCUGAGGAGGCUUCUGUCGGGGCCGCCGGCGCCCUCAGCAACGCCAGACAGACUCGAGACGCAGUGGCAGAGACUCUACAAGCCGUCAACAACCUCCUCAGUGUGAUCGGUCAGCCAGGCAGCCUGGACGAGGAGCGCCUCAACCAGCUGGAGAGCCAGCUGGCUGAUGCCCGGAGCCGUGUCAAUCAGCGUCUGAAACCCCGCCUCCUGAACAUGGAGGACAAGGAGGAGGCGCAGAGGAGCCGACUGGACGGCCUCAACCUGGACAUCGACAACAUCCUGAGAGACAUCACUAACCUGGAGGACAUCCUGAGAACCGUCCCCAACGGCUGCUACAACUCCCCGCCCAUCGAGAGGCCCUGAGCGCUGCCACGCUCACAGGAAAUGACCUGUACCCUAUUUCCUCUUUUUACACUGAACAUCAUACACUAUGCCCCAAAGUCCCAUGACCCGCCAAAGUCCCAUGACCCGCCAAAGCGGAGAGCCUCUAUAUGGAAAAUUUCAGUUUUUGGACUUUUUGUUGUUUUAAAGGCGGAUCUUACCUUGCAGAAUGAUGGCAGAACUCAGGGGGUUGUGGGUAAUUGGUGGACAGCAGGACAGCUCCAAAAUAAGACAUUUCCCAUUUGAAAAUAAAAUAACACGCCAGCGAUUACUGAUGACUACAAGUUCACAAGACAUGGAAGAGUUCUGGGUACUGUACUUCUCAGCAUAGACCAGAUCCUCUGAACAAGGUUUUAGAGCGGCUUCUCUCGCCGGGUGGAGAUCUGUGGGAUUGGACUGGUUGCUUCAUGUCUGGUCCUGUCCUUAUUGUGAGACCUGGACGUCGACCAUCACUGUGUUCAGUACAGACAGAAACAGCUACUGACAGGAUUUGACUUUGCUCAGCUUUAGACUCGACUCUUCAGGGGGAUUCGGCGUUUUCAUUCCUCUUUUAGCCAAAGUGUUGAACGUGGUUCUUGUUUGUCACCACACAGAAAUACUCACGUGUCUUCUCCGCAGCGGGUCGAGCCAAAGGCCCUUUAAGCAACCGACAGCACUUCCUCUGAUCACAAAGUAGUGCUGUGCCCUUUCCUUCCUCCUCACUGUUCAUCACUGUGAUUGUAUUGUCGCUUUUCUUUGUAUUUAUCUUUUAAAAGUAGCUUUUUGUUUAUCCAGACAUGGUUUGCUGAGCACCAGGAUUUGUUCUGGCCACUGGGAGCUGACCAGUACAACCAGUCUAUCGCUGGUGCUCACCGGACUUCCUCUAAUGCACUUUUGGGGUUAAAUGCCUUGUUGACAGUCAGUGUGGGGCUGCCCCCUAGAGGCAGGCCGUUUUACCAGACAGUCAUUGUGGUGCUGCCCCUACAGGCAGGCAGUUUUACCAGUCAGUGUGGUGCUGCCCCCUAGCGGCAAGCAGUUUUACCAG